UGAAGAUGAUCCAACAAAAAACACAUUGGAGCAUCAGCUCAAGAAGACAGCAGCAGUUCUACUUUCAACUUCUUCUUCAUCAGUUGGCAUUGUCGGAAAACCGAACCAAGCACUGUUCAUACAACACACAAACAAAUAUGGACUCGAUUAUUGCUCUAAACAUGCCUAAACAGAUAGUGGCAAAAUAUGUUGUUGAAGUGGUUUUGAAGCAUUGCAUUUCACUUGAUCUUAAAUUACAUGGACAAGAUAUAGUUUAUUGUAAAUAUUGUGAUAAUGUUGUAACCGGCGGAUUUUAUCGAUUUGCAUGUCACUUAACUGGAAAGGAAAAUGUUGAAUCUUGUGAGGGUGUUAGUGAUGAGGUGAAGAAGGAAAUGUUGGAGAUACUUACAACUUUGAAAGAGAUUCAUGAGGAAGGGUAUGUUGGAGUUGGCGAAAAAAGAAAAGGCGGUAAAGCGAGUGUUGGGAGGUGUAGAGAUAGUUUCAAGAGAAAGAGAGGUUGCUCACAAGACUCCGUCAAUAGUAAGGAGACUUUGAGUGAGGAGGCAUGUCGAGCGGUUGCAAGGUUUUUCUUGAACAAUGCCAUACCCUUCGAAAUAGUAGAAAGUGAUGAAUUUAAGACAAUGUGUGAUUUGGUUUCAAGACAUGGCGUAGGAUUUAAGCCACCGGGGUUCUUUGAUAUUGGAUGGAAAUAUUUUCCGGAAGAAAUUAAGUUGACGAAUGAAGUUUUGGAAGAACAUAGAGCUAUGUGGAAGAUCACAGGUUGCAGCAUAAUGGUCGAUGUAUUUACUAACUUUCCCAAGAGGAACAUACUAAACUUGUUACUGAACAGUCCAAAGGGAACAUUCUUUUUGAAGACUAUUGAUGCGUCUGAUAUGUUGGAAUCGUCUGAGAAACUCUUUAAAAUGAUGGAUGACGUUGUUGAAGAGGUUGGGGAAGAAAAUGUUGUCCACGUUGUAACGGAAUAUACACCAUACUAUGUAGCUGCCGCUGGGAUGUUGAUGGCGAAAAGGACUAGGCUGUAUUGGACACCUUGCGCAACACAUUGCAUUGGAAUGAUGCUGCAACACUGCGGGGAGAUACCUAUUCACAAAGCGACACUUAUGGAGUGUCAAAGAAUUGUAUUCUUUAUUAACUCAGAGGAUUCUCUCAGGACUCUAUUGCUACUCUUCACAAAAGGAAUAGAUAUUUGGAAAGUUGGCAUUACUAUAUAUGACUCGGUAUACUUAACUUUAUGUUGUCUUCAUGAGAACAAAGGAGCUUUGAGAAGAAUGUUCAAAUCCAAGGAGUGGAAGUCCAGCGAGUUUGCAAAGACGAUGAAUGGGAAAUACAUUGAGGAUGCGGUUUUGAACAAAGGGUUUUGGAAAAAUGUUAUGAUUUGUUAUAAAGGUAUAUAUCCUAUACUUGAAGUGUUUCGUUUGGCCAAUUCAAUCGAGAAACCAACUAUGGGUUUCAUUUAUGAGGCAAUGGUGAAAGCUAUAGAGGAGAUACAGAAGAGUCUUUCCGAAGAUGACAAAGAAAGGGAAAGUUCUAUGUUUAUAUGGCAAAUCAUUGGUGGAACAUGGCUCCAUAGCCCUUUGCAUGCUGCAGGAUAUUUUCUUAACCCUCAAUUUCACUAUAGUCCUGGAUUUAGAGAUGAUAUUAGACUUAAACAUAGUCUACAACAUUGUAUAACAAGGAUGGUAGCCAAUCCUGAAGAAAGAUCUAGGAUUGAAAUUCAACUUGAAGAUUUCGAUAAACAGGCUAAUCAUUUUGGUCAUCCAAUAGCCAUAAUUACUGCUGGUGAGGAGACUCCACCAAUUUGGUGGGCAUCUUUCGCAGAUGAAUAUGCAGAUCUCCAGAAUUUCGCAAUUCGUGUAUUAUGCUUGACAGGCAGUUCUUAUGGGGGUGAGCAUAAUCGGAAGGCCUUCGAGAUGGUACAUGCUAAGAAUUUGAAGGAAGAGACUGUUAAUAGUGAUGUUGUUUUUGUCAUGGCUAAUUCAAAAUUGGCCGAAAAGAAGAGAGCGUCAAGUGAGCUAAAUCUUGAUGACAAUGGAAAUGUUGAAGUUCUAGAUGUAGACGCCUCGGACUUGGAUACACCAUGUCUGAAGUGUCUAGCUGAUGCGGCGAUUGCGGAUAUGCAUGAUAAAAAUGAUGAAGAUAAAGACGGAGAUGACGAUGGAAAUGAAGAUGGACAUGAAGAUGAAAAUGGAGAUGAAAAUUAAAUAGAUUAAAUAUCUAGAAUUUGACUCCUUGUUUUGGGUGUUUAGAGCUUGUCACUUGCUAAAAGCUUAAAUACUAUAGCUUAAGUUGUUAAUUCUGACUUAUGAAUUGUGUACGACUUUCCUAUGGGUUUCGAAUUUAAGUUCAGUGUAGUGUUUGUUGUGAUUUUCUUAUUUAUGUUAUAUGAUUAUAUAUGAAUUGA